AUGCAAGCUGGAGAAAAGAAAGUUGAGCUCACAGAGAGAAGAGAUGACUCACAGUCACCCAGCAAGCAUGUCCAAAAUGUCCGCGGGCUACGGACUCCCACUGAAGUCACCAUAGAAACAUACAAGCCAGAUAAACAAAAAGGAGAUGUAGAAGAGACAGAGCUGGACUUGGAGGUGAGACUUGCCAACAUUUCUGUCACCCACCAGUCCGAUGUGGGGGAGGGUGAGCGACCCAGCAGCACUCGUCCCAAAACUCCAACAGGCAUCCCGUUUACAUCAGGCAACCCUUGUGUGGAGGUCACUAAAGGGAUCAUGCACCUCUUCAAGUCAAGUGAGCUGACCCCGUGUGAUGAUGAGAUCCCGCGGAGUGAGAUGAUCUGUAUCCUGAACACGCCCUGCUCCAUGCUGUCCUGUGACCUGCUCAAGUUCAUGUCCCCCGUCAGAGACAGGGUGGAGUACAUGCGCAUCAUCCGGGGCUCACAACCCAACCACUACAUGGUGCUGCUCAAGUUCCACAGCCAGGAGUAUGCUGACGAGUUUUAUAAGAACUACAAUGGGAUGAACUACAGUAGUCUGGAGGAGUCAGUGUGCCACCUGGUGUAUGUCGCAAGAGUGGAGGCCAUGAAAGCUGAACAGGGUGGGUAUAUGCCAGAAGCAGGGAUGACAGAACUACCUAUCUGCCACAUCUGCUUGGAGAGAAUGGAUGAGUCUGUAGAUGGGAUCCUGACUGUCCUAUGUAAUCACUCCUUCCACAUGCCCUGUCUAGAACAGUGGGAGGACACAACGUGUCCAGUGUGCAGAUAUGUCCAGUGCCCAGAGCCAGUGGCUGAUAACAAAUGUUUCCAGUGUGACAGCAUUGAGAGCCUGUGGAUCUGCCUGGUGUGCGGCCAUGUUGGGUGUGGUCGUUACCAGAAGGCUCAUGCCUACGAACAUUUCAAGGAGUCUCAGCACACCUUCUCUAUGCAGCUGGGAAACCAGAGGGUCUGGGACUAUGCAGGAGAUAACUGGGUCCACAGAAUUGUGCAGAGCAAGGGGGAUGGUAAACUGGUAGAGUGGGACUGUCCUGGCUUCAACAACGGAGAAACAGAUGAGAAACUAGACUCCAUGCAACUGGAGUACACCUACCUGCUGACCAAUCAGCUGGAUAAUCAGAGGAGAUACUGGGAAGACAAGAUCGCACGGGUGGAACAGAACGCCAUCGAAGAGACUUCUGCCAUGGAGGCUCGGUUUAAGAAGACCCUGGAGAAGUGUGAGGAAUUGGAACAGAAACUGUCAGACGCACAGAAGGAGAGGCAGGGGCAGGAUAAGAGAUGUCAACAGUUGUUGGGCAAAGUACUAAAGCUGUCCAAGGAUCUGAAAGAAGAAAAAGAGUUGAACACAUGUUUAUCACAGAACCAGCAACAGUGGCAAACCAGAUAUGACCAGCUGGAAGCCAAGAUGACGACAGAGAUGGAGACCAAAUCCAAGGAAGUGAAUGAGUUGAAGGAACAGGUCCGAGACCUGAUGUUCUUUCUGGAGGCCAAACAGACCAUAAGCGAGGUGCCUGAAGACCAGCGGCAGGAGAUCGCAGAGGGGCAGAUCGUGAUGGGAGCAACAGCGGCGCCCCCUGGUGCGGGGAGGGGGCAUCGCGCUCGGCGAGGGAAAAAGAGAUAGUACAUACAUGUAUCUCUUCACAGAAAAUAAAGCUUACUGCGUGCUGGUCCGUUGGCUUGUUGUGGUCAUGAUGGCACUCUGCUGCUUGGCAUACUACUUUCCAGCCAUGCCUGUCAAACGCAACUGCCUGGGCCUCAGUAAUGGUCAAGGAUUGCUGCAUUCAAAUCAUGCAUUUUAAGCCAUGUAAAUCUGAAUGUCUUGGAGUUGGCAGGACCAUGACUGAACACUGCUGAUGGCUUUCAGAUGCCACGUUUCAUUAGAGGAGCCUAGAAUGUCUAACCUGCCUAUGAAAUUUAAACAGAUGCCUUUAGAGACAAUUCUUCACAUGCCUAUGCUGUCUCAACUUUAGCAAAACUGUUGCUACGUGUACAUAAACUAUUUAUUGUUAACAGAUUAUCUACUCCAAAGUAACGACCAUGAUACGGGGAAUGCAUUUGGGAUUUUAAGGGUGCAAUAUACUAUUAAGUAAUAAUAGUGAAGAAGCAGAUUGUUUUGUAUGAUAGCUGCAAGCUUUAGGGUCCUCCUGCACUUUUUUACUGCACUGCAUAACAAGAAAUGAAGAUUCUGCAUUAUAUGAAUAAGACUGAAACCGCAUUUCUUCUUUAGUCAGAAACAAGUUUUCACCAAUCUUCCACACAUGUAUAUUUGUGUUGAACUCAAAUUUACAGAACAAUACAACAGAAUAAAGCUGCUUAAAAGAU